GUGGGACUAUUUUGACGAGGGAAGCAAAAUUUGGCCCUUAACGGCUGGUAGGUUAGCUUGUGCUCGUCCAUUUUUUCUGCAGCGUAAGAGCAGGCUUCCCAAGGUUGUCCAGAUAGCAAAAUAUCACAAGCAUGGACUUAUCUGCAGUGAGUGAACAAAUCCAAGCUGAAGUACAAAUCAAGCAGUUCAGAGAUUUUUUGAUUCAGUACAACAAGCUUAGUGAAAGCUGUUUUACAGAUUGUGUAUGGGAUUUCACAUCUCGGAAUAUUAGAAACAAUGAGGAUUCUUGUGUGUUGAACUGUGUUGAAAAAUAUACAAAGGUGACACAGCGCAUAUCAGAGCGGUUUCAAGAAAUUCAGAUGCUAAGUAAUGAGAAUGCAGUGGCUGCUGCUCAGAAGUUGGGAAAGAUGCCUGGUGCCUAGUGAGAGUGAGAUGAAGAUAUUUGGUUAGCUUGUAAAGCUAUAAAAUGAAGAGAUAAAUGUAAUUAAUUUUUGUUGUUUUGUUAACAUGAAGUAAUGGUUUUAGGUACUGUCGAAGAACUAUUUAUGAAGUCAUGCUCUUACAUCAUAUGGCAUAUUUUAACAGCUUUAAAUGUAACAUACAUUUAUAUCUCAUGUGUACAUUCCUGUGUAACAUAAAUACAUGUAUUAUAUGACUUGUGUAAUGGUUAGGAGGUUAAGUAGACAAGAUGUAUAAAAUAAUUGUAUAUUGAUGCUUAUUAGAAAUUAGUAAGCUUUGAAAAUAAAUGAAAUAAACCAUGGUUUAAGUAUAGAA